CGGAUUCUUGCGCAGAUUGAGCUCGGAAGCAAAAGAACAAAGAGAAAAUAAGCAGUCGCAGAUUGGGAAAUACUUUUCUUCUCCACUGGUCGCCGCGUCUGGUUAUAAAGGUUCCGGACAAUAUGACAUCCAUGUCAACAGUGGCCUGCAAGCAAGCCCAGGUCCAGCCGCUCAUGAACUUUCGAGGUGGACUCAACAUGGAGAGUAUCUACCACCGUAGAGACAAGGUCGUGUUCGUCGUCGGGGCAACCGGGACGGGCAAAUCCCGGCUUGCCAUCGACCUGGCAGUCCGGUUCAGAGGCGAGGUCGUGAACUCAGACAAAAUCCAAGUUCACAAAGGCCUCGACACCAUCACCAACAAGGUCACCGAGGAGGAGUGUCGGGGCGUAACCCACCACUUGCUAGGGAUUGCAGCCCCAGACUCGGAGUUCACGGCCGUCGAUUUUCGGCGCUGUGCAUUGCUCGCCAUCGAGUCCAUCCUCGCACGGGGCCGGCUCCCCAUAAUCGCCGGCGGCUCAAACUCUUUCAUCGACGCCCUCGUGAACGGUGGCCCCGAAGUCCGGUCGAGGUAUGACUGCUGCUUCUUCUGGGUUGAUGUCUCGAUGCCGGUGCUCCACUCGUUCGUGUCAAGGCGGGUCGACAGGAUGGUGGAAUCCGGGCUGGUGGAAGAGGUGAGGAGCGUGUACCAUCCGGGUGCGGACAACUCCAAGGGCAUCAAGCGUGCGAUCGGAGUGAGUGAAAUGGAACAGUACUUAAGUUCCGAAAGCACGGCCGACGACAGGACCAGAGCGAAGCUUUUAGAGGAAGCGGUCGAGAGUAUCAAAGUAAACACAUGCGCAUUGGCUCGUCGCCAAUUGGAAAAGAUACAGAGCCUGAGCAGCAAUUGGGCUGGGGACAUGAACCGUAUUGAUGCCACGGAAGUGUUCCUAAAAGAGGGCAAAGAAACUGAUGAAGCUUGGGCUAGGCUUGUGGCAGGGCCAUGCACUAUACUCCUGUACAAGUUCCUUUAUGGUCAAGAUCCUAUGGCUGCUAUGCUCUCAACUGAUACGUCUCAUGAUGUGACAAUUGGUAAGCUGGUUUCGGUUUCCAUUCCAAUGAUAGUCGUCGCAGCGACCACCACGAGAGUAUGACACGGCACGACAAGCCAACAUAAAUUAAAUGAACAUAUUCUCUUUGGAACUUGUGGGUCGUGAGUUGAUUUAUUUUGUAAUGGCAGAUGUGUCGAUGAUAAAGGAGUCAAAUGUCAUGUAAGGGUUGCUCCCUCGCCUUCCUGUUGAGUAGCAAUAUUUGAAGGGAAAGAAUUCCGUGUAGUUUCACGAUCCAA